AUGAAUUAUUUUUUAGGGAAAACUAGCCUAUCAGAUUCACUUAUUUCAUCAAAUCAAAUCAUCAAUCAGAAAUUAGCAGGGACACUCAGAUAUUUAGAUUCAAGAGAGGAUGAGUAAUAAAGGAUGAUUACUAUGAAAGCUUCAUCGAUUUCACUUCUAUAUUCUCAUCAAGUACCGCUCAAGCCUGGUCAAUUGCCAAGCAAUCCUAAUUAAGAGCCUUAGAAAUAAGGGAAUGGACCUUAAUAUGAGGAAAAGCAGUAUCUAGUGAACUUAAUGGAUUCCCCAGGCCAUGUCGACUUUUCUAGUGAAGUAUCUAGUGCUCUAAGAUUAUCUGAUGGUGCUAUAGUUCUAGUUGAUGUAUUAGAAGGUGUAAGUGCAUAGACAUAUACUGUUUUAAGACAAGCUUUUGAUGAAAAAGUUAAAACCUGUCUAGUCUUAAAUAAGAUAGAUAGAUUAGUUAUUGAAAAAGAAAUGAAUGCAUAGGAAAUAUAUACCCAUCUUAAUCAAAUAGUAGAACAAGUAAAUUCAAUUAUUGCAGAACUUAUAUCAAAGGACUAUUUAACUGCUGCUUAAAAAGAAAAUGAGGGCGAAAAUGAAAUCGAUGCAAUCGCUAGUGAUGAUUUUGAUGUGCCUGAUGAUGAAAUUCUUGAGUAAUAAGAGAAUGAAUUAUUCUUCUGUCCAGAAAAAGGUAAUGUUGCUUUUUCUAGUGCUCUUGACUGCUGGGCUUUUAAUCUAACGGGUUUCUCUAGAAAGAUAGCUUAGAAAUUUGGAAUGAAUCCCCGAAAACUCUAAUAAUUUCUAUGGGGUGAGUACUAUUAUAGCGGAAAGAAAAUCUACAAACUUCCUCCAAGUUCAUCAAGUAGAUAAAUGUUUGUCCAAUUUGUGAUGGAGCCAUUAGUCAAAGAGUAUAACAAGCUAUUCACUAGUGAUAUGAUUGUAAACACAGCAGAAUAUAAAGAUUCCAGAUCCAAGAUUAAGACAUUAUUUAGCAAAUGGAUGCCAAUGGAAAAAGGAAUAUUAUCAAUGGUUGUAUAACAUAUACCAUCACCUAAUAUUGCUUAGAGAUAAAGAAUGCCAAUUAUUUGUCCACAAAUGGUUGCUGAUCCUAGCUAAAAAUAUGAAGAUUAAGAUGAGAUUGAGGAAGCUCGAAGAGUUCAGGAUGCUGUGCUAAAUUGCAAUAACAGUCCAGAUGUGCCUGCUGUAUUAUAUGUGACUAAGAUGUAACCUGUAAGCUCUAGGCUUUUUGAUAUAGUAACAAGAGCCUAAGAAAAGUCUGAAUCAACUGUGAGAUUUGUAGCAUUUACAAGAGUAUUUUCUGGAUGCUUAUAAAAAGGCUAAACAGUAAACGUUAUUGGCCCAAAACAUGGAAUAAAUGAUUAGGUUGAUAUCAAACAAGCAAAAGUUGAUCAUAUGUUCUUACUAAUGGGAGGCUAAAAUCUUCAAAUAAUUGAUGAAGCACCGGCUGGGUGCAUAGUGGGACUAGCUGAUCUUGAGGAUAUUGUAUUAAAAACAGCUACAAUUUCAACUUCAACUCUUUGUCCUAAUUUUUAAAAGUCAAAGACUAUUUCACUUGGUCUGGUUAAAGUCGCUUUUGAAACAGAAAAUCUUUCAGACAUGGAAGCUCUUAAAAAAGGUUUGAUAAAGCUCGAUAGAUCUGAUCCUAGUGUUCAAUUCUUCGUAAAUAAUCAAGGGGAAUACAUUCUAUCUACUUGUGGGGAAAUCCAUUUAGAGAGAUGUAUUAAAGAUUUACAAGAUGAUUUCGCUAAGGGUGUCAAAUUUAGUAUUUCUGAGCCUAUCAUAACUUUCAAAGAAGCAAUAGUGAGUUAAGCUUUAACAGAGAAAAGAAAAAAGAUUAAAGGAUAAUGGGAGGAGAUUGAUUCAGAAAGUGAAGAAGAGGUUAAAGAAGAGGAAAAGAAAGAAGAAGAGAAAACCCUUUCAGAUAUAAUGGCUGAAUAUGAAAAAGUCAAUCAACAAGUAUAGAAAGAGAGAGAAUUCUUAAAAAAGGAAAUGAAGACAGAUAUGUAUAUUGAAAAGAUUCUUUUCAAUAAGUAUUACAAAAAUAAUCAAAAAGCCUUAGAUGCCAUUGGGUACUAAAAAUAAUGUGCCACUGACAAGACAGCUAACUAAAAAUGCUAGAUUAAAGUAAGAGCAGUAGCUUUUAACUAUGAAAUCACAAAAUGGCUAGAAAAAGAACAUAAAUAGAUUUAGCAUGCUUACAAUUUAAUUCAGUUAACAUAAGAAGGUGUUGAGCCUAAAGUUCAAGAUAUAGAACUAGCCUAUUAAUUUAUUCAAUAAUUCCUUGGAAUGCUCAAAGAAAAGGGAGCAAAUCAAAGAUUAAUGAGAUUGAUAGAAGAAAAAGCAUUGUGUUUUGGACCAAAAAGAAAAGGACCAAACCUCUUGAUAAACAGAUUCUUACACAAGGAUGACUCAUUCGUGCAAAGGAUCUACAGUCUUGCCAAGAAAUACCUUAAUUUACAAGAGGGUGAUAUUUAUCAAGAAAGUGUAGAUGGAGUAAAAUAGUUAAGGCUUGACAAAAACGAUAACUAAAGAAUAGAUAGAUUAGAGCAAGUGUUGAGCGCUCACGACAUUAGAGAAAGAGAUGCAAUUAAUGCUUUUAUAACUGGAUUUGAUAUCGCAACAUAGGCUGGACCAUUAUUUGAAGAGCCCAUGUUAGGAGUGAUGUUCAUUAUUGAAAAUGUCAAUCUAGUCAAAGAUGAAUCUCAAGCCUCACAAGAUAAUGGGGAUGAUAAAGAAGAGUAAAAGGUCACAAUUAGGUAGGAUACAUAUGGUCCAUUUACAGGGCAACUAAUAGCUGCUGUGAAGGAUUUGUGCAAGAAAUCAUUCUUAAAUGCAGAACCUAGAGUGGUUGAAGGAAUGUAUCUUUGCUCAUUAAUGGCAACCCCAGAAACUUAUGGCAAAGUGUAUGGAGUUAUCAAUAAGUGCAGGGGAAGAGUAAUCAAGGAAGAUAUUCAAGAAGGUACCAAUAAUUUCUUGAUUGACACUCUAAUUCCUGUUGGAGAAAGCUUUGUUUUUCUAGAGGAAAUUAGAAAGAAGAGUUGUGGUAUUGCAUAUCCUUAAUUAGUAUUCUACGGAUUUGAAAUUAAUGAAAAUGAUCCUUUCUAUAUUCCUUUGACAGAGGAAGAUCUUGAGGAUCAUGGAGAGGGUGAUAUACUCCCUCCGAAUCCUGCAAAAAUUAUUAUUGAAAAGGUAAGAUAAAGAAAAGGUCUGCCUAUCGAUAAAAAGAUAGUCGUUUCAGCUGAGCAACAGAGAACUUUAGGUAAGAACAAAUGA